CUCAUAUAAAAACAGUCUUCGGGGUUUCCUUCAGCGUGCGACAAAAUUACUCUUUACAUCUUAUUAGGUUAAAGUAUCUAUCAGCAAGUAUUUCUGAGGGUUAAACCCAGCUACACUUUGAUAUGCUUAUAGUAUUUGGCGAUAUUGUGUGAAAGAAGAUAUACGAAGAGACAAGAGAGACAAGUUUGAAGCCAUGAAACGCUAGCGAACUGGAUGCGCGGUUCAGGAGCAGCACAGCCCUUGUUGGCUACAGCUAGCGUGUCACUUCACCAAGUAGUCCAAGAUAGCACACACACACAGCACAAGACACAGUCCAAAGUUCUGCUGUCCUCUUGAAUGUUGGAGCAGAGAUACGAUAGCUGAACUAUCUGACCAUGGCUGUAUCGAGACUUGAUCGUUUGUUCAUCCUGCUGGACACGGGAACAACUCCAGUAACCAGGAAAGCAGCAGCCCAGCAGCUCGGAGACGUGGUCAAACUCCACCCACAUGAGCUCAACAAUCUCCUAUCAAAGGUUUUGAACUAUUUGAGGAGUCCCAACUGGGACACCCGCAUAGCAGCUGGGCAGGCAGUCGAAGCUGUGGUUAAGAACAUCCCCGAGUGGGACCCGGCCCCUAAGCCUAAGAAGGAGUGUUGCGACGAAGAGUCUCCUGAAGAGCCGUCAUGUGACAGGUUGAGUUUCUACCACUUCGACAUCUCCCGCCUUCUCAAACACGGAGCUUCUCUACUGGGAUCCGCAGGGGCCGAGUUUGAGCUUCAGGAUGACAAGUCUGGGGAAGUAGAUCCCAAAGAGCGCUUGGCACGCCAGCGCAAGCUCCUCCAGAGGAAGCUGGGCCUGGACAUGGGCGCGGCCAUCGGCAUGGACACCCAGGAGCUGUUCAACGACGAUGACCUGGACUACACGCAGCACAACGCCACGGCAGCUGCCGGAUCCAGCGCCUACAACCACGCACCCAUGCAGGCAGCAGAGUUGAUUGACUCUGAAUUCAGGCCCGGCAUGAGCAAUCGACAACGGAAUAAAGCUAAGCGGAUAGCAAAGCUAGUAGCAAAGCAACGAUCCAGAGACAUGGAUCCAAAUGAGAAAAGUAACGACAGCAUGGAUGCCGAACCCGACGAGAAACGAAGAAAAACAUCGAAUGUGGUCAUCGACCAAUCGGCAUCAGACGUUAAAGUCGUAAUCGACAAUGUUCGGGAUUCCUCCAGCAGUCUUGAAGAGACACAGGAAUGGCCUCUGGAAAGCUUCUGUGAGGAACUCUGCAACGACCUCUUCAACCCCUCCUGGGAGGUCCGUCACGGUGCCGGCACGGGGCUUAGAGAAAUCCUCAAGUUCCACGGGCGCGGCGGCGGCAAGCUGGUGGGGAGCACGGCGGAGCAGAUGACGCGGCAGCACCAGGAGUGGCUCGACGACCUCGUGAUCCGACUGCUCUGCAUCUUCGCUCUCGACCGCUUCGGGGACUUUGUGUCCGACGAGGUGGUGGCCCCCGUGAGGGAGACGUGCGCCCAGUCUCUGGGCGUGGCCCUGCGUCACAUGACGGAGAACGGCGUCGCCAUGACGGUGGACAUCCUGCUGACGCUGCUCACCGAGGACCAGUGGGAGGUCCGGCACGGCGGCCUGCUGGGCAUCAAGUACGCCCUCGCCGUCCGACAGGACCUGAUCCCGGCGCUGCUGCCCCGGGUCCUGCCCGCCAUCACCGAGGGCCUGCAAGACCUGGACGACGACGUCCGCGCCGUGGCGGCGUCCUCGCUCAUCCCCGUGGUGGACGGCCUGGUGCAGCUGCUGCCCAACAAGGUGCCCUUCAUCGUGAACACGCUGUGGGACGCCCUGCUGGACCUGGACGACCUCACCGCCUCCACCAACAGCAUCAUGACCCUGCUGUCCUCCCUGCUUACCUACCCCCAGGUCCGCCAGUGCAGCCUGGAGCAGUGUCUGACCAUCCUGGUGCCGCGGGUCUGGCCCUUCCUGAGGCACACCAUCUCCUCGGUCCGACGGGCGGCCCUGGAGACCCUGUUCACCCUGCUCUCCAAAGCCGACCAGGACUGCGCCCAGUGGUUGAACCCCGUCCUGCAGGAGAUGCUGCGCCACAUCUUCCAGUCCUGCAUCCUGGAGAGCCACCAGGACAUCCUGGACCUCAUUCAGAAGGUCUGGAUGGAGCUGCUGAAGCGAGCCCAUCAGCAGUUUGUGGUGGCAGCCAGCUGUCCGUGGAUGGGCGCCUGGCUGUGUCUCAUGAUGCAGGCCUCCCACAUCCCCAUCGACCUCAACAUGCUCCUGGAGGUCAAGUGCCGCUCCAAGCAGGACAAGGCCGGCAUCAAGGCCCGCCAAGGAGGGCUCCCCCAGGUGAAGGAGACGGUCCAGGAGUACAUAGCGGGGGCGGAGACCGUGACGGAGGACCAGGGCACCAGGGAUUACGUCGUGGUGCGCGCGCGCCUCACCGCAGCCAAGCUGCUUGCCGCUCUGUGUCGGUGUAUCUGCGACCCGCAGCUCAACGCCGCCUCCCAGGAGAUCCGUCCGGCGGAGUCGCUGGGCCAGCUGCUGCUCUUCCACCUCAACACCAAGUCGGCGCUGCAGCGUAUAGCCGUGGCGCUGGUGCUAUGCGAGUGGGCCGCGCUGCAGAAGGAGUGCCAGGUGGUCUCGGUCAUGGUGCAGCCCCGCCUGCUGGCCAUCCUGUCCGAGCAGCUGUACUACGACGAGAUCGCCAUCCCCUUCACCCGCAUGCAGAACGAGUGCAAGCAGCUCAUCGCCAUGCUGGCCGAGGCCAACAUCGACGUGCCGGAGCGCAUCAACUGCAGCGUGUUCACCAUCGACCAGGCCAACGAGCUGGUAACCAGCAUCUUCGCCGAGGCCACGGCGGAGCUCUGCGCCCGCCAGCCGGCGCAGUGGCAGCCUCUGGACGGCAAGCGGCAGCAGGCUCACGCCACGGUGCAGGAGACCAGCGCCGAGUGGCAGCGGCUGCACCUGCGCGUGCACCUGUUGGUGGCCUGCGCCGUGGUCAACCUGCAGGCGCUGCCUGACAAGCUGAACCCGCUGGUGCGGCCGCUGAUGGAGGGCGUGAAGCGCGAGGAGAACGCCCUGGUGCAGGGCUACGCCGCCUCCUUCCUGGCCAAGCUGCUGCAGCAGUGCGCCGCCCGCCAGCCCUGCCCUAACACCAAGAUCAUCAAGAACCUCUGCAGCUCGGCCUGCGCAGACCCCGCCGUCACGCCCUCCUCCUCCUGCCCCGUGCCCCCGCCGCCCGAGGCCCUCAAAGUCGGUGGCACGGAGAAGGACUGCAUGCACCACAACGUCAGCAAGACCCGAGGCAUCAUCACCCUCUACCGCCACCAGAGGGCGGCGUUCGCCAUCACCAGCAAGAGGGGUCCCGCCCCCAAGAUGUCCAAGACCUCCGUCGAUUUUUCACCAGGCUGCGGAAUCGGUACAGACAAUGAUGAGAUUAAGAGGCCGUGCCUGAUUCAGAGGCGAGGAGCCGAGUUCUCUCUGACGACUAUCGCUAGGCACUUUGGGGCCGAGCUCACGGGCUCUCUGCCGUACCUGUGGGAGAACAUGGUGGGGCCCCUGAGGACGGCUGUGGAUGACAAGCAAGGCAUAGACGCGCCGGCCCAGCUGAAGCGCGGCGACGCCGUGGCCCAGGAGCUGAUCAACUCUCUGCAGAUCCUCGAGGUCACGGCCAGCGCCAUGUCUGCAGAGCUCAAACCCGUGCUGCUGGAGCACCUGCCGCACCUGUUCAGCUGCCUGCAGCACCCGUACACGGCGGUGCGGCACAUGGCGGCGCGCUGCGUGGCCGUGCUGGGCAGGACGUCCACGCUGGAGACCAUGCACCUCUUCCUGGAGCGCGUGCUGCCCUGGCUGGCCGCCAUCGACGACUGCACCAAGCAGGAGGGCGCCAUCGAGGCCAUGGCCUGUAUAAUGGAGCAACUGGAGGUGGACAUCGUGCCGUACAUCGUGCUGCUGGUGGUGCCCGUAUUGGGGCGCAUGAGUGACCCCAACGACAGCAUCCGCUUCAUGGCCACUCAGUGCUUCGCCACCCUCAUCCGCCUGCUCCCCCUGGAGGCCGGUAUACCCGACCCUCCAGCCAUGUCUGCAGACCUGAUCCGCCAGAAGGCCAGAGAGCGCCACUUCCUGGAGCAGCUGUUGGACAGCAGGAAGCUGGAGAACUACAACAUCCCCGUGCCCAUCAACGCAGAGCUCCGGAAGUACCAGCAGGACGGCGUGAACUGGCUCUCCUUCCUGAACAAAUACAAGCUGCACGGGAUCCUGUGCGACGACAUGGGCCUGGGCAAGACCCUGCAGUCUAUCUGCAUCCUGGCUGGGGACCACUACCUCAGAGCGCAGGAGUACGCCAGGACCCAGGCGGCGGGCUGCAGCCCCCUGCCCUCCCUGGUGGUCUGUCCGCCCACCCUGACGGGCCACUGGGUGGACGAGGUCAGCAAGUUCUGCCCCAAGGAGUACCUGAGCCCCCUGCACUACACGGGGCCUCCGCUGGAGCGAGUCAGGUUGCAACAUCAAGUGAAGAAACACAAUCUCAUAGUCGCGUCAUACGAUGUUGUAAGGAACGACAUCGACUUCUUCAAAAAUAUAAAAUUCAAUUAUUGUAUUCUUGACGAGGGUCAUGUCAUCAAGAACGGGAAGACUAAACUCUCAAAGGCGAUCAAGCAGCUGGCUGCUAACUUCAGAGUCAUCCUGUCGGGAACGCCCAUCCAGAACAACGUGCUGGAGCUGUGGUCGCUGUUUGACUUCCUCAUGCCGGGCUUCCUGGGCACCGAGCGACAGUUUGCUGCCCGCUACGGGAAGCCCAUCCUGGCCAGCCGCGACGCCAAGAGCUCCUCCCGGGAGCAGGAGGCCGGUGUUCUGGCCAUGGAGGCGCUCCACAGACAGGUGCUGCCCUUCCUGCUGAGGAGGAUGAAGGAGGACGUGCUGCAGGAUCUUCCUCCCAAGAUCAUCCAGGACUACUACUGCAACCUGAGCCCCCUGCAGGUUCAGCUGUACGAGGACUUCGCUAAGUCUCGGGCCAAGGUGGGCGUGGAGGACACCAUCUCUCUGGCCUCGCAGGAGGAGGAGGAGAAGCCCAAGCUGAAGGCCACGGGUCACGUGUUCCAGGCUCUGCAGUACUUGAGGAAGCUGUGUAACCACCCCGGGCUGGUCCUGACUCCUCAGCACCCCGAGUACAAACGCAUCACGGAGCAACUGGCUGCUCAGAACACCAGCCUGCGUGACAUCCAACACGCACCCAAACUCUCGGCACUCAAACAGCUGCUGGUGGACUGCGGGCUGGGCGGCGGCGGCGGCGCGGCCGAGGGCUGCCCCGAGGCGGUGGUGGCCCAGCACCGUGUGCUGAUCUUCUGCCAGCUGAAGAGCAUGCUGGACAUGGUGGAGAAGGACCUGCUGAGGCCCAAGCUGCCCAGCGUCUCCUACCUGCGGCUGGACGGCAGCGUGCCGGCCGGCCAGAGGCACGGCAUCGUCUCCAGGUUCAACAACGACCCGUCCAUCGACGUGCUGCUGCUCACCACCCACGUGGGGGGCCUGGGGCUUAACCUGACGGGGGCGGACACCGUGGUGUUCGUGGAGCACGACUGGAACCCCAUGAGGGACCUGCAGGCCAUGGACCGCGCCCACCGGAUAGGACAGAAACGCGUGGUGAACGUGUACCGGCUGAUCACGCGCGGCACCCUGGAGGAGAAGAUCAUGGGGCUGCAGAAGUUCAAGAUGGGCGUCGCCAACACCAUCAUCAGCCAGGAGAACUCCAGCCUGCAGAGCAUGGGCACCGACCAGUUGCUCAACCUCUUCUCCCUGGACAAGGACAACAAGGGGGAGAAGGGGGAGUCGUCUGCGUCGGCGGCGGGGAAGACGUCCAUGCGGACGGUUCUGGACGGACUGGGCGAGCUGUGGGACCAGCAGCAGUACGACACCGAGUACAACCUCGACAGCUUCAUGACCUCCCUGCAGUAACCCCCCACACCCCCGGCCCGGUGCGCUCUACGCUACCCCUCAGGAAGGAAGCGGGCCCCGGUAACCGCACCCCCUGCUGCACGCGAGGCUCGGAGGAGGAGAGAGGCGGGCGGUGGCGGUGGAGCAUCUCAGCUCCGCCCACCUCCCUCCUCCUCCUCCCCCCUCGCACUCUGUUCAUACGGUGGCUGUCCCCGUGGUGGAGAGCGUCCUCCGCUGAAGAACCAGUGUUAACCCCCUUCUAAGCCCCCCUCGGCCCCCCCUCCCGGGCGGCGGGGAGCCGUGCGUACCGGUAUGAACCGGUCGUGGCGUUGGCCUCGGUGUGUGAGCGUCCGUGUCCUGGGGGGUGGGGUGAGGGGGAGUCUGUAGGCUGGGCGGUGUUGUUCUACGGAGCCUGCUCCGCGUCCAGCCGUGUCCUACGGUGACGUCUGUAGUGUUGUAGCCGAUGGUGUGCCCCUCCCGCCCUCUAGGGGGAGCUGUAGUUUCCAGAGCCCCCCCCCCCUCAGCACAGCUACAGUGACUUUGAGGCUUGGGCUGAAGAAGGUUUGUUCUCCCCUUUUUUUUCAUUUUAUUUUAAUUUUCUUUCGGGAUAUGAGGUGGGAAGAGAUGCACCGAAAAAGAUGGUUUAACCAGCAGAGGGACUGGAAAAGAUGGUUUAACCAGCAGAGGGACUGGGAAAGCACUGAACUGAAGCCUUACAGCGAGUGGAAAGCUGCGGCACUCGACUUGUUUCCAAAAGUAUUUUAAAAAUAUUAUAGAGCAGACUUGUAAAUAUUUCUGUAAUGGCUGCUGUUUGUUUAAACUGAUGGAAUGAAAUAAAUUCUGCAGAACUUUGAAUAUGUUUUCGGAUUUGUGUUGUUAUUGUGUUAUGCGCUUUAAAAAGGUAGAACAUGUUUGGUAACUUUCAUGUACACAAAACAAUGGAUAAGCUACAAGUGCGAUUCAUCAUUUUUAAAUGUAGGAUCAGAUUAGCAGUAAUGCAUCAAUGGGAAGACCAGUGAAAACAUUGUAUUCAUCAGGUAUAGUUAUUACAUGACCAGCCAUUCACCUCUGUUAAUGUAAAUGAUCAUUUUUAUUCAACGUUUAUAUUAUUUUUCAUUUCUAAUUGUCAAUCUGAAAUUUUGCCAAAAGGUUGUUUUUUGUCAAUCAAGGAGCCUACAAACCUGGUAGAUGUCUUCUGCAGAAGGACGAGGAAGAGGCUAGGCAAAUGACCACAAGCGUUCACGACACAUACAGUUACAUUUAAUAACAUUAGCUUAUUGAUACAGAAAAGGGUCAAACUGGUUUG